AAGGCGGGAAAUUUCAAAAACUUUCCCACCUAAAACAAAAACCCUUGCACACGUUCCGAUACCAUCUCCGUAGAUACGAGGGUUUAUUGUGCAAGGGAAGAACUGUCGGGAUGUUUUACAAAUCAGUUGCAUACUAAACUCUCUCUAGGUUAACUACAUUCAAUCGCCUACGAUAUCGGUAGGGAGGAAGCGGAGGGGGCAAUAAAGGUUGAGCGAGCUAUGGAGGAAUCUGAAGGCCAGCUGAGGCGGUGCUGUUCGAACGAGGCGAUGGCGGAGAUCGGAGAUUUGACGCCGUCGUUGACGAAGAGUCGGCCGGCGGAUGGUGAGGAAAUCGGUAUUACUGAUGCGAAGGGGGCCGGCGAUUCAGUGGGCGGUGAAACGAAAACGAACGGCGUUUUAGUGAACGAGAAUGUUAGUGUUAGGAGCGAAGAGAGGGUAGGUAUCUCGAUUGAUAUAGUGAUCAGUGAGGAGAAUGGUAAGAUGGAUUCUCUCUCGGAGGAGGGAGAUUUGGGGAGGGAGAAUGCGGAGGUAAAUGCAGUGGGGGAAAGCGGCGGAGGCGCUACCUUGGAGCAGAAGAAACCAAAUCGUAAGAGAGGAAGACCACCAAAGAAGGGAAAGGAGCAGAAGCAGCCCUGUAAAAGAGGAAGGCCUGCGAAGAAUUGUAAUAGAGCCGAGGAGGGAGGGGAUCCCAAUGAAAGUAAUUGUGCCGAGCCAAUGCUGGAGUGUGGAAAAGAAGAUAUUGAAACUGGAAUUAUGGGGGAUGAAAAAGAAGAUCCGUUAAGUUCUGACAAGGAUAAGGGCAAUCGGAGUGCAAGGAGGAAAUCAAGUCAGAUAGCAAUCGAGAAGAUGGGGAAACUUAAGGAGCAAAUGGUGGAGUGGGAAGAAGCAGAAAAAUAUGGGAGAAGGAGGAAAAAUAGAAAGAUAGAGGUGGUUGAGGGUUCACAGGAUGAGGGAAGUGGUGAAGUGGGUGCGCGCACCCUUCGACAGAGGAAAGCUAAGAAUGAGGAUGCUGUAUCUAAGCCAAGGAUCAGGAAGGAUGAAGAUGGGAAUGAGAUUGAAUCAAAUAUGUGCCACCAAUGCCAGAGGAAUGACAAAGGAAGAGUUGUUCGUUGUACAAACUGCAGGACAAAGAGAUAUUGUGUGCCUUGCAUGACCAGAUGGUAUCCUGGUAUGUCAGAGGAGGCUUUUGCAGAAAAGUGCCCUGUUUGUCUCCAAAACUGCAACUGCAAAGCAUGCUUGCGGUUGGAAGGGCCUAUACGUGAAUUGAAAGAAAAAAAAUUUGAAGUCAGCAAAGAGGAGCAGGAUCAGUACUCUAAGUAUAUCUUGCAAGUGCUUCUACCUUUCUUGAGACAAUUCAAAGCAGAGCAAAUAAUGGAGAAGGAGAUUGAAGCAAAGAUUCAAGGAGUUGCCUUUUCUGAAUUAAAGCUGAAAAAAGCAAAGUGCGCAGAGAACGAAAGGAUGUACUGUGACAACUGCAAAACAUCAAUUUUUGAUUUUCACAGAAGCUGCUCAAACUGUUCCUAUGAUCUAUGCCUUACUUGUUCCCAAGAGCUUAGGAGUGGCCAUUUGAAGUGGAAUAAAGAAGUCGUUAUGCAAUAUGUUGAUAAAGGUCUAGCUUAUAUGCAUGGUGAAAUCAGUAGAACUAAUGAGAGAAAAAAGAGCAAGAGAUUUGUAGAGACUAAUUCUGUUGAUUUUGCUCAAAAAUCCUGCGACAAUGAUAACACACUUGAUCCAUCAAAGAGCUCUAGUGGUUUCUGUCAUACAUGGAAAUCUGAAGAAAGUGGUAGAAUUCCUUGUCCACCGGAGAACAUGGGUGGUUGUAAUGGGGGAGCUUUAGAACUAAAACACUUACUUGGGCAGAAUUAUAUUUCUAGCUUGCUAGCAAAAGCAGAAGAAGUAAUGAAGAAAACCAAAUUAGAUGAUAUGCCAGAGUGUUCUCAGCAAUGGUGCUCUUGUUUGAAUACCAUUGAUGAGAAUGAUGUUGAUAAAAGUAAGGUAAGGAAAGCAGCUUCUAGGGUGGAUUCGCAUGAUAAUUAUUUGUACUGUCCAGCAGCCAAGGACAUUCAGCAUGAGGAUUUGAAGCACUUCCGCUGGCAUUGGCUUAAAGGCGAACCUGUGAUUGUCAGUAAUGUGCUGGAAACUACCUCAGGACUGAGCUGGGAACCACUGGUUAUGUGGCGUGCUUGCCGCCAGACUAAAAAUCUCAACCAUCCACUUCUUUUAGAUGUGAUUGCAAUUAACUGCUUGGAUUGGUGUGAGGUUGAUGUUAAUCUCCACCGGUUUUUUAAUGAAUAUAUGAAGCUUCAAUUUGAUAGUAAUGGGUGGCCUAUAAUUCUGAAGUUGAAAGAUUGGCCUCCAUCUGAUUUAUUUGAGGAGCGGUUACCUCGUCAUGGUGCUGAGUUUGAAAACUGCCUGCCUUUCAAGGCAUAUACAGAUCCUAGGAAUGGGUAUCUAAAUCUUGCUGUCAAGUUGCCGAAAGAGUCCUUAAAACCAGACAUGGGACCAAAGACAUAUAUAGCUUACGGAGUUCAUCAGGAGCUGGGGCGUGGAGAUUCUGUAACCAAGUUGCACUGCGAUAUGUCUGAUGCUGUCAAUGUCUUAACACAUGCUCAUGGAACAAUCCUAGAACCUGAGCAACUUUCAGCUAUUAAAGAGCUGAAAAUGAAACAUGCUAUCCAGGAUCAGAAAGAGCUACUGAAGCCUGACGAGCUGGAAAAAAGUGAGAAUGGAAUUCAAAAGUUGAACGAGGAAAGUUCUCAGAAGCGUAAAAGAGGAAGACCUGUGAGGAAUAAAAAUGGAACUCAGAAAGGAGGGAAUCCCAAGGGAAAUGAUUGUACUGAGUUUGAAGACUCUGAUGGUGGUGCUCUACCUGUGAAGAAUAAUAAUGGAACUCAGAAUGGAGGGGAUCCCAAGGGAAAUGGUUGUGCUGAGUUUGAAGAAUCUGAUGGUGGUGCUCUACCUGUGAAGAAUAAUAAUGGAACUCAGCAUGGAGGGGAUCCCCAGGGAAAUGUUUGUGCUGAGUUUGAAGAAUCUGAUGGUGGUGCUCUACCUGUGAAGAAUAAUAAUGGAACUCAGAAUGGAGGGGAUCCCAAGGGAAAUGAUUGUGCUGAGUUUGAAGAAUCUGAUGGUGGUGCUCUCUGGGACAUCUUUAGAAGGGAAGAUGUCCCUAAGUUGGAAGAGUAUCUAAGGAAGCACUUCGAGGAGUUCAGGCAUAUUUAUUGUUGCCAAGUGCCAGGGGUUGUUCACCCAAUACAUGAUCAAAGUUUUUACUUGACUGUUGAACACAAGAAAAAGCUGAAAGAAGAAUAUGGGGUUGAACCAUGGACGUUCGUUCAAAAUUUAGGGGAUGCUGUUUUUAUACCAGCAGGUUGCCCUCAUCAAGUUAGAAAUUUGAAGUCAUGCAUAAAAGUUGCAGUUGACUUUGUUUCGCCUGAAAAUGUUUCCGAAUGUGUGAGAUUGACGGAGGUAUUCCGCACACUUCCCCCAAAUCACAGGGCAAAAGAAGAUAAACUGGAGGUGAAGAAAAUGACGAUUCAUGCAGUGAAAAAUGCUGUGGAAGUUUUAACAGGGCCCAAAAAAUGUGUAAAAAACUCUGAAAAGCCGAUGAAUGAAUCUGAAACCAGCUAAGUCCAGAAUCCAGAUUAUAUGCUGUUUGUCUGUAAUCGGCUCUACAAACUCUUAAUAUAUUUUUGCUGGUGGGUGGUGUGGGCUAGCAUCUAUUGUUAUUUCUGUUUUCUGCAUAGUCGCAGGAUGUUGUUUAUUCACGUUUGCCACGCCGCCAAAUAUUUAGAUACACUAUUUUGCAUGGUAUAAGUAAAAAUGGCUUUGCUUCAAAAAUCAAAA